AUGGAGAAUGUUGUAGUGUUGAUUGUUGGCGCUGGGCCAGCAGGCCUUGCAAUAGCAUCAUGCCUUAGCCAAUUCUCAAUUCCCUAUGUCAUUGUCGACCGUGAAAGUUGCAGCACGUCGCUUUGGCGCUACCGCACCUACGAUCGCCUCAAGCUGCAUCUUGCAAAGGAGUUCUGUGAGUUGCCACACAUGUCAUACCCACUAGAUGCGCCAACAUACAUACCAAAAACCUUGUUUGUGAAGUACUUGGAUGACUAUGUUGAGCGUUUCAAUAUUAAACCCAAGUAUCUCACUAGUGUGGAGUCAUCCACAUUUGACAACGACGAAAAAUGUUGGUCCAUCGUGGCACAUGACAUGGCAAAGAGCACAAUAGUCAGGUUUAUAGCAAAGUUUUUUGUCAUGGCAAGUGGUGAGAAUAGUGCGGAGAAUAUUCCAAUGAUCCCCGGACUUCAAAGUUUUCCGGGUGAUGUCAUCCACUCCUCAAGCUACAAGUCAGGCAAGAGCUACUCUGGCAUGAAUGUAUUGGUCGUUGGAUUUGGCAACUCUGGAAUGGAAAUUGCUUAUGACCUUGCGAUUCAUAUAAUGACAAAGGAACUAAUCCGGUCGGGGAUGACACUUGCUCGCCGUCUUCCAUUGAAUCUAGUCGAUAACCUCCUUGUGAUGGCGGCGAAUUUAAUAUUUGGAGACCUAUCGAGGUAUGGCAUCAGAAGGCCAAAAAUGGGUCCAAUGAUCCUCAAGUCAGAAACCGGCCGAUCCGCUGUUAUUGAUGUUGGCACUGUUGGGUUAAUCAAAAAAGGUAUCAUCAAUGUACAAGGGAGUACUAGUAAGAUCAUGGGCGAUAUAGUUGAAUUUCAGUGCCGUAAUAAGAUAUCAUUUGACGCGAUUGUGAUUGCAAGUGGAUACAAAAGCACAGCAAAUAUAUGGCUCAAGGUGUUGGAUGAGGCCGCCGCCAGGGCAGCGGCGAUCCCCAUCGCUCUUGAGGUUGCUGGAGCGGUUACUCAUAUAGAGGCGGUCAUAUUAGACCUCGACUACGGCGGCAGGGAUGGACAUUCGAUGCGAUAG